AGGAAGGAGGGAGGGAAACCAAGGAAGCAGGAGGCUCCUCCUUCACUCGCGUCCUCCGGUCCCCAUGUAUGCCACGUGGGUGGGAGGGUGUCACACACACCCACGCGUCCACAACCACAGUCGCCGCGCUCCCGCCCGGGCCGGACCCGUCUCCACGCGCCUGUAGGCGCCGGGCCUCAACCGGCCACGCCGCCACCUGCUGCUGCGUCCCCAGUGAGGGAGGAGCAUCUCUGCGCAUCCCCUACCCGCUCCCGCAGCCUCCCCAUCCUCCCCGGCGGGGCUGAGGCCAAAUCUUUCCCCGGAGCCCCCUCCUCUGCGCUGAGGGGGAGGCGGAGGGAGGAGCUCCGGCCCCAGCCGCCCGCCCUCCCCCUCCCUCCCUCCCUCCCGCCGCUCCCCCUCCCCUCCCUUCCCCUCGGUUGCCGCAGCCCGGUUAGUCGCGCGCGUCAGCGUGGGCUCCCCGGAGCGAGUCGCUAGGUAACGGGACUGGCUCCGCAGACCCGCGGCCCAGGGAAGCCCGCGCGCGCUGUCAGCAGCUGCGCGCGGGGCGCGGGCGGGGGCGCACGGACCCUCCCCUGGCGGGGCUGCAGACCCCGACCCGCACGCGGCCCCCUCCCAGGAUGCCUUAACCCGUUCGGAUCGCCACCGCCCAGGUGCCCCUCCCUCGCAGAGACCCCGACCCCGCCGGCCCUCUCCUCUUCCCCCCGAGCCGGUGCACACCGCUCUGCGCGCAGCCCGGUGGGCGCCCCACCUCCGUGGUCGCCGUCGCCGCCGGUCCUCCUGCCGAGCCCCUGCGCGGGGCAUGAGGAUCCCCGGGGCGCCGCCCGGAGACGACCCGGCUGCGCGCACACCUCGCCAGCGGCGGACGGGGACAUGAGCGGCGCGCACGGGGUCCGUCGCCCGGCGGCCAGCCCCAGCCGGCGGCGGCCAGCGGGUCGGCGCUGCCCGGGAGAAUGAGGCAGGAGCCCGCGGCAGCCUCCUCCUUCACCACCUUCUCCUCCUCCUCUUCGCCUUCCUUCGGCUCCGGCGCCCGGGCCCCGGCCGGGCUGUGGCUCUGCUGCGUGCCCCGCGCGCCCCCCGCCCGCCUCCGGAUGCGCUGCUCGGUUAGCCUGGGGCGGAAGAUAAAGACAUUUGCCACCAAGAUGGUAAUCACGAGUGGAAAUGAGGAGGACAGAGAAGGCCAGGAGAGAGAGAAUAAAGAAGAGAGUAUCUUGGCGAUGCUAGGGAUUAUCGGGACCAUUCUGAACCUGAUUGUUAUCAUAUUUGUAUACAUCUACACCACUCUGUGAAUGGCCCGGAGGGUGCUUGGAGCCCACGGGGGUGGCCGGAAGACGGGAGCCCUGCGUGUCGACACAGCCAUGAUCAGACGCUGUGCAAACAAGCGGGCUUGACCUACACACGCUGCUGGAGCAAAUGCACCUUCGAACUUUAUAAAAGGGUCACACAAACCAAGCCUGCCGCCAGGAGCAGACACUAAAGCACAAUGAAUCCAACAAGACUCAUUCACACAACAAGGAACUCAGCGUCUUUGGCCCAGGGCCCGCGAGACCGCUCGGAAGACCAGCCUUUGACGCCAUUGGUGAGCAGAUGGGGGCAGAAAUCCACGGUCCCAGAUCUCUGAUGGCUCUCACGCCUCGGGCAAGGGCAACAGGGCAGUGUGGCUCGGGGGUGCAUCACCCGGGACAUGCGCUCGGCCUCCACUCCACGGACCGUUCGGAACAAAACCCUUUGACACACAUCCCACCCAUCAAAAGUGUCUAACUAUUUGAUACUGGGGAGAUAACUUAUUUUUCUUUUUUCAUUGGCUUGACGUGUGUAUCUGUUCAUAUCAAGGUUUAUAAAUAUAUAUUUUUAAUAAAUGUGCUCUAUUUUUUAGCAUGAACCAAAUAUUUGGAGAGGCGCUCCUGGAGUCCUAGAGCCUUCUUUGGUUUUAUCUGCUUUGCCCCGUAGACUCGCAGGUGUUCUGUGGUAUUGCCAUUCUUGUCCUGCUUUGAACAUCUUCAGUCUUUUACCUUCUUUCUCUCUCUCUCCUUUUCUCCCUCUCUCUCUCUCUCCCCCACUUUUUGGUCUGGAGGGCAUUUCCCAUAAUACCAGCCAUGGCCCUGGUCAAUGCAUGUUUUCAGAUUGUCCGUUGAGCGGCUUUUUGUUGUUAUAGGGGAGAUUUAAAACGAUCGUGGGCAUGGGGUCCUUCGUUGCACCGUAUCCUUAUUGAGAAUUUUGCAUGAACAAGGGCUGAGUGAUAGAUCAGCUUCUGAGAGAUGUAAAAAGGACUGUCAUGGAAGCAGAGAGGGCAGCUGUAUCCACAGAUCAUCUCUAGGAUGGAACAUUCAGCUUCUUUCUGGCAGCAUUAUUAUUUCAUGCUUGUGACCAUUUGUCGAUCAGAUUUUUAUCUUAAUGGCCACAUGCCGUGCAAGAUAGGGGAGACCGAGGGGGUAGAGGCCAGCGUGAGUGCAUAAUCCCUCCCUUAGUGAACUGCCUGGGACCGUUAUCAAAGUAGUUGGGAUGUAAAGGGCACGUGGAUUCCGUCCCCGCAGGAGAGAUCUGGGUGUUUCACAGGUGUUUCACCCUGUGACAGGUGACCUUUUAAGGGCACAAGAAGGGGUCAGAAUGAUCACCCCCAAAAGAUUGCUGUGCUUCCUUAAAGCUCCUGGUUUACACCCCCGCAAAGCCACUUCCUCCCCGGUAGGGUUGGGUGAAUAUAUAUGAAUUUGCCCUGUUCUCCCAGCGCCCUGAGCUGGGUCUUUGCCUGGCUGUGACAAAGAGGGUCACAGUUCCUUUUGCCAGUGCCAGACUUGUUCAUGGAUGAAAGAAGCAGCAACUUGCCUUGUUGGGUUCAAAUGACGCGCAGCAGGUCUCUACCGCCAGAUCUCUCCCUCCCCUUGUUGUGGUAUCUGAAAUUCCACCAUUUGAGAGUCAUUUCUUGUGCUCUUCUAAGGGACCAGGUUCUUUUAUUAAGCAGAUGCCCUUGAGCACCUGGCUCUGACAUUAUUCAUCUGGUGUCUUCUCUUCCCUACCGGAAGCAAGUAGACACGCAUUUAGGGCACACGGUGUGCCAGACACAGUGCCGGACACUUUAUAUUCCUUAGGUCAUUGAAUUCCCCCUGUAUCCCUGUGAGAUGGGGAGGUCUUUUCCCAGCAUCGUGGAAGAAAGGCGGACUCAGAGAGAUCAUGUGGCUGAAACGCCUCCUCCCGAUCUGAUCGUUUCCUUAGCCCAGCCAGGACUGGGCUUCUGGAGAGAGAGGAAAUGCUCAGGAGGGGAAGGCGCUGGAGAGAGCCCUUGGGGUAAGGUCACAGACCUGAUCGCUUUGCUAAGGGCCAGCUCUGCACACCUCCCCACCCCCUCCUCCAUAAAAAUAAAUAAUUCUUGGCAACUCCUUGGACACUGACAGAAUAUCAUACAAAUAAGGACGAGGGACCAGAGGAGGCUGGUUAGAAAUAAAACGGGAUGUCGGGCGCGGGGAGUUAUCUACCAGGUUCUUUGUGAUUCUAGAAAGACUGUAUGAAAAUUCUGAACAGUGAACAGAGUAAACAAUAAAGGUGCAA